UGAUGUAAAGGGAGUUCAUGAGAGCAAAAUGCUUUUUUUGUAUAAAGGAAAUCUCAGAACCAAUGAGUCAUUUAGACAGAAGACAAAUCCUGAACAUCACAAAACAGAUAGCAUUCUUUUGAAUCUGGACAUUGAUAUGAUCAGGCAGUUCCCAAUAGAUCCCAUGCAUUGUGUAGAUCUAGGAGUGACUAAGCGAAUGUUGAUGCUGUGGAAAGAAGGACCUUUGGCCCAUAGAUUAUCAGCUGGACAUCUUAGCACCAUUACUUAUUUUCAUCAAGCUGUCCGACAUCACAUACCUCCUGAAUUCAAUAGGAAACCCAGGGGGUUAGAUGAACUGAAGCACUGGAAAGCAACUGAAUUCCGAACAUUUUUGCUUUAUACUGGACCAGUGAUUUUGAAAUAUGUUCUCGAUAAGGAGAAGUAUAUUCACUUCCUUUCACUUAGUAUUGGAAUGCGCAUCUUGUACAGUGAAAACCUAAUGGAGCAUCGUGAUUAUGCAGAUGAGCUGUUAACAUAUUUUGUUGAAAAAGGUAGCAGCCUGUAUAGCAUGAGUUUCAUCUCAUAUAAUGUGCAUUGCUUGCUACAUCUCACUGAUGUUGCAAAUUACAACAGAUCAUUACACUAUUGUUCAGCGUACAAGUUUGAGAACAAUAUGGGUCAAAUCAAGAGGUUUAUCCGCGGUUCAAGUGAUCCACUGAUUCAAGUAGCUAACAGAUUGGCAGAGAGGCAAGCAAUAUCAAGUUCUAAGAAAUCAAAUGUUACCUCUGGUAUGCCAAAGACAAAAGAAUGUUACAGAAUGACCAAUGAUAGCUACUGCCUUAUACAUGGAGUUCAAGAAAAUCUGAUUUUUUGUGAGGUUUUUUGCAGAAUGGAACCUUUGUACACUAAGCCAUGUGACUCCAGAAUAAUUGGCAUAUUCAAAGGAUUUCGGAAUCACACUAAAAUGUUACAUACUGACACCACUCAACUGAGACAUAAAGCAAUCAUGAUACCUUUGUCAUUGAUUGAUAAAGAUGAAUACAAUGCGGUAGCGCUUAUACCGCUCAUGCAUUCAGUUUGAUUAGUUAGUCAAUAUCGAAUUUGUUUAUUCGGAGAUGGACAGACAUCUGUUGUACCAAUCAGUUGGAUUUUUGAUGACCAUGGAACAUUGAAGUGUCGAUGGACAUCAUCACUCUCAAACAUUAAAAACAAUUCUCCACCAAACCCUAACUGGAAGGUUUAUGACAUUGUGAAGAUCGUUGGACCAUCAAUUGGAGACUAUGAUCAAGCAAAUCAAUACAUCUCAGAUUACACAACGGGGGUCUCAGCAGCAGAGGACUCAAUUACUUAUUCAAUGACAGACCCUGCAGUUGUGGAAUUACCUGAGAAGAGAAAAAGGAAAAAUAAGCUCUGUGAUGAAAGUGACAUCAAUUCAGAGACCUCUUCCUGUGAAGGUCUGUAUAUAUUGAAAUGAUUGGUAUGCAGAAAACAAUUUAGGCGUAAC